AAACAUUCUGUGCCUGGGAGGAGACUCCCAGAGGGUGUAGAGCUGGAGGGAGCAGUCACUGGCCAUGCCAGUACUUACCACUGAUGCUGAGUCAGAAACAGGUAUCCCAAAAUCCCUUUCCAAUGAGCCUCCCUCAGAAACCAUGGAGGAAAUAGAGCACACAUGCCCACAGCCUCGACUGCGUUCCCCAGAGUCCCAGCCCAAGCUGCCUGGGGCGGGGCCUGCAGCCAUUGGUGGUUGGUGAAGCUACCACAGUAACAGUUAUCUGCAGCCCACCAGAAUUGCUGUGCUUUUAGGCCCUCCCAGGGUCCAGAUAACGGCCUUGCCCUCUGCACUGAAGAGACGUCAGAGUUUGUGAUUGGCCAGGCUGGUGUGUGUGAAAUACAGGAGAUGUCGUGCCACGCUUCCGAGUAUGACGUUCCUUUCAGCCCAGUACCCCAGGUGUGGACCCUGACUGCACCUGCCCCAUUUGCAGAUGAAACCAGCUGCCAGUGCCAAGCACCCCAUGAAAAACUGACCAUUGCUCAGGCUCGCUUAGGAACGCCAGUUGACAGGCCUGUCAGAGUGUAUGCAGAUGGAAUAUUUGACCUCUUUCAUUCAGGUCAUGCAAGGGCACUUAUGCAAGCAAAAACACUGUUUCCCAACAGCUACUUGUUGGUAGGAGUUUGCAGUGAUGAUCUUACCCACAAAUUCAAAGGUUUUACCGUGAUGAAUGAAGCAGAGAGAUAUGAAGCUCUCAGACACUGUCGCUACGUGGAUGAAGUCAUCAGAGAUGCUCCGUGGACUCUCACGCCAGAGUUUCUGGAAAAACACAAGAUUGACUUUGUGGCUCAUGAUGACAUCCCAUACUCUUCUGCCGGCUCGGAUGACGUUUACAAGCAUAUAAAGGAAGCAGGAAUGUUUGUUCCAACGCAGAGAACAGAAGGCAUCUCCACAUCAGAUAUCAUCACUAGAAUCGUCCGUGACUAUGAUGUUUAUGCCCGACGCAACCUCCAGAGAGGGUACACAGCCAAGGAACUGAAUGUCAGCUUUAUAAAUGAAAAGAAGUACCGUUUCCAGAACCAAGUGGACAAGAUGAAAGAAAAAGUCAAGAACGUGGAGGAAAGGUCAAAGGAAUUUGUUAACCGAGUGGAAGAAAAGAGCCAUGAUCUAAUUCAAAAGUGGGAAGAGAAGUCGAGGGAAUUCAUUGGCAACUUCCUAGAACUGUUUGGCCCUGAUGGAGCAUGGAAACAGAUGUUCCAGGAGAGGAGUAGCCGGAUGCUACAGGCCUUAUCCCCGAAGCAGAGUCCUGUGAGCAGCCCAACCAGGAGCCGGUCCCCUUCCCGCUCCCCAUCACCCACCUUCUCCUGGCUCCCGAGCAAAACCUCACCCCCGUCCUCGCCCAAAGCUGCCUCAGCCUCCAUCAGCAGCAUGAGUGAGGGGGAUGAGGAUGAGAAGUAAAGGUGGCUGUCAGGCAAGAGCCACACCACGCAGGAUGGGGAGGGGGUCCUGGGGGAUGCCUGGGUGGUGUCUGAAGGGGAAGAGUCACAGGAGCUGCUGCUCAGCAGGAAGACCCUGAGCUCUGCUAAGGGAAGGUCUUAGGAUUAGUUCUUCCUCGUUCUCCACACAGCCCAGCAUGGGCUCAGCAUGGAGGUUUCCAGCUGGACAACCUAUACAAUCUUCUUAGCAUCAUCUAGAACCACUCUACUUUAACCUUGCUAAGGAAAGGUGCAGAGCACCUCAGAGAGUCUUGCACUGAGUGAGGUGACUUCUGCUUUGGUCUGUACACCCACUCCCUUCAAGUAAACCACUUGUGGACGUGGCUGUUCCCUCAACCUGCUACUUCUGGCUCUGUAAGGGCCCCGCACAUUGCCUCCUAACACCCAACCUCUGCCAGAAUAAAUUUGUUUCCAAUAGAGGCAGCAAAGUGCUUCUGAAAUAGUAGAGUUAAAAGACAAAUUCCAGCCUUCUCAGUUCAUCCACUAAGACUUGAUGUUGCAAUGAAUCAACUCAUUCCAAUUGCAGGACCAUGGCCCAGUGAUAAAGCCUCAUUUUGGGCCAGAUGUAAACGAUGAUCUAGUGUGAACCUUAACUUCUCAUUAAAAGGUCAGUUUUGUUAAGGAGAACUCUAUCUAAGGCCUAAUGUGUUCCUGGCUGUACUUUCUCAUCAUUGGUUUGACUUCAUUGUUUUCCAGAAAUUACCUUAACCAAUGGGAACUGCAACAAGGAAAAACAUCCUGUAUGAAAAAAAAAAGAGGAUCUGCUUUUGCAUUGACUCUAAAUUUGGCAGAUAAGAAAUGUCUCCUGAAGCUUCUCUUUAUAAAGGGUACUAUUAUGGAAUGGCUUUCCCAUUUCUGACCAGUUAACAAUUCAUAGACCUCAAGUAACAGUUUGAUGUACCUACCAAACACAUAGUAUACCGAUAGGGGGUGCUACUUGCACAUAUCUGUUCUAUGUAUGCUCCAAAUAUGCUACCCCAGGGUGUGUAUCAUAUGCAAUAUGAAUAUGUGGUGGUAGCAUUUUCCAAUAUACCCCUCUCCUGCUCUCUGCCCUAAUACCCUGCUGAAAUCCUCUAUCUAAAGAACCAUUUGGUUCCUUUGUGACUUGGGCACUUUGUCAAAAGCUCAUGCCAGCUUCCCAUAGAAAUGUUUUGUCCCAACCAGGAAAUUACUGUUGUUCUUAUGGCCUCCCAUAAUAUUUUUGGGUGAAGAAAGGCUCUGAAGAGUUUUGCUGAGUGCUGUGGGCUUAGUGCUUUGAACAGUCUAGGUAAUGUUGUAGUUAUCCCUGGAACUUAGGUUUGCCAAAUGGGAUGAAAACUUUUAGAAUCCUGCAGAACUGUCUGAAGUUACUGCUCCCUAAUCACAUGUUGGAAAUGAGCAGGUAAAGUCAAGGUUUAGAACCCAACUCUUGGGCAGAUGCAAAUAUUGCCUGGUUAUCCUGGUAAAGUCAGACAGAGCUGGGACCUGAUUGAGCAGAAGCCCCAACCAGCAACUUGUGGGCAGAUCCUAUCACCUCUUGUGACAGAAAAACCUCUUUUCAGAGGCUUUGGGAAACAGCUUUCUGGGGGGAACCAAUGAAGGAAGGUGGCAUGUCUUUCCCUUUUGUAUUGGGGUCUAACUACCUCCCUACCCACCUGGAGACACAUGAUGUUUAUUAGAAAGUAAAACUAUGAGGCUAAGCUGGCUUGGGACCUCCUUGUUCGUGUCUCCAGAAUUCUGAAAAGCACUUGUACAGGACAGAGGGCUAGUAGGAAGAUGGCCUGUGAGAAAGAAAAUUCCUCUUUCAGUCAGGGUCCUCCCUUUUCACAUCAUUCUACAGAGAGAGAGAGGCAAGGGGUGCAUUCUUCCAGCAUGCUCCAUUCUUCCAUACUGCCUUCCACUGAGCACCCAGGACAAACAGGGCAUGCAUCCCUGCCACAUCUGUUGAUUGACGCUUGUAGCAGUGAAAGAACACAAUAACAACCCUGGAAAGGGAAGAGAAAAGGGGAGAAGAGGCUCCUGGAGAGAGGGAAGAAGGAUAAAGAAAAUCUGCUCUAUUAAGCCAUUUCAAGACCUCAUUUUGUAGGUGAAACUUUCUUGGGGAAGCCAUUUAAUGCUCUGGUUCUAUGGCCCAGGGAAGAUAGAUCCACUUUGACCAGAGUCCUGCUCUAAAGUAAACUCUGGGAUUGAUGUAUCAGGCUGACUAUAAAUUUGCAGGCCUUACACACGAUACUGACAAGUGCCAUGUAUGUGACUCAUCAGAUAGUGCCACCAUAACUGCCAAUUAUGGGAAAUGACCAAUGCCUGGGUUGUUCCAGGGAUGGGCCAAAAUAACCCUUUAGUGGGUCCUAAAUCUCUUCUCCAUAACCUUCAAAACUUUCCCACCUUCUUGAGGACCCAAGUCUCUUGAGAAGGAACAGGGAGGAUUCUGUAACCCAGCCUUUGAUACUUCUUGGACAUCUUUCAAUCUCUCCCAGCCCCUGUUGCCUACCUUCCCUGCACCCAGGAGGAGCUGGGAUUGAGCUUUGGGCUAUCCAGUCAACUGUCAUGGCCAAGAGCAAGUUAAGCCUGAAAUAGGAAAUAGGGAAUGUGUGCUGUAAUCUUGGAGAGGUAAGCAGAAGCGACAGAAAGCAAGAGAAGAGAUGCCUUUUGCUCUAGAAAUAGAAGGAGAAAUAGAAGGAGAGAGUGAGGAGGGCUAGUGGGCAGCACCUUAGGAUUGUGGAGUGGGCAGGAAGUGAAGAUGGGAGAAAUAGGGCAGAAUGGGCGGGGAGUGGGAGGGUACAUUUGUUUUCUAGUACCUAUCAAGGGUUAACUUAGCCUCUACCAGGUGAAGGAGAAGUUUCAUUACAGUACAUACUUCCAAGGUUAGUGGAUACCCACACAGCAGGUGGAGUCCUUGCCUCUCCCUUCAGCACUUCCACAUCCUCCUGACGGGGACCCUGAAAUUAAGUGCUGAGUUCCUCCUCCAAGAUAAGCAACUGAGGGUGGGAUUGUAAUACACAGUCACACUGAAUGGCCUGUUUCUGGCAAGCAAGCUCCUGGGUGCCAGGUCCUUACAAAGACAAAGGCAAGGCAGCCUCACAAGGAGCAAGACACAGACAUUGUGGAAGAGCCACUGCUGUGGGAUUUGUCUUGCUCCAUGUCUUAGGCUACUAGAUGCUGAUUCUGUCCUUUGAGGAAGGAACAGGAAGAGCACAGAUUUAUUUUCUCUCUAUCUUCAGAACUUAUUUUAGCACCCAGCCAUACCCCAGGGAGAGACGUGACAUGACGUCACUGGCUCGGCUGAAUCAGAUGAGCCACUAUCUAGCAGAGAUGCACUGGUGUCACAGGCAUCCAUUCAGCACUAGUCCAGGCCAUCUGAGUUUAAAAAAAGAAAUAGCUCAUGAGACAUACACAACUUCUCUUCCUCUUGUGACUCCUUUCUAGUUUCUGUAUGUGUGUGUGUGUGUGUGUUUGUGUGUGUGUGUGUGUGUGUGUGUGUCACUGCAAUGUGUCCGGGGACAAAGCCAUAAGAAAAGCAUACAUACUUAAGACUCUGCUGUACAUAGAAGACAAGAAGAUGACUUGUCUGGGUUGAAGCACGACCUUAUGCCCAAGCAUUUGAUUUGCUCUGGUGCUGAAUAAUGUGAAUUACUGGAAUCAGCUCCUCUUCUGGUACCCCCCUCUCCUUCCCCCUGCUCUCAAAUGGAACACAGCAAUCCUGACUCAUUUAUAAAUAAAGGGAUGCAGAAUUGC